UUUAACGGUUAUGAAAUCUAAACUAGUAAAGUUGUUUCAAGAUUCCAUGUAAGCCUCCCGACCGGGACUUUGAACCUUCCCAUUGGAGAGACGACAGCCAAAAGGAACCGUGUCCAUCUUCGGUUCCUCUGCCUCUCUCUCUCUCUCUCAAGAAAAUUUAUUCCUUUCUUCCACAACUUGGAAAAAAUCUUACUCUUGUACUUGUCUCUGCUUUAGAUCUCUUCUUUUUCCACAAGACCAAAUCUUCUCGGGUGGGUUUUCCCCGAUCUGGGUCGGAUCUGAUUCCUCGGAAGCAACGAAUCUCGAGGCUUCUUUUUGUGUGUGUUUUUUUUUGGCUUUCCGGGGAAAGGCUAGAAUCAUUUGCUCUCUUCUCUCUACAGCGAAAUAAAAAGGAAGAUAACUUCCCCUUACUUGUGGUGGUUGGUAGCAGCAGCUCUUUGAUCCAAUCGUCCUUCUUUGGUCUCUCUGCUUCUUGAUCUGGGUAUACCAAAAAGUUUCCUUUUUUGGCAAAUAUUUUUUUUUCUGGGUUUAGGAUUUCCAAUUUCGAUCUGUUUUUUCGGGUUGUUGAAUGAUUUGAAUUUCGAUUCCUAGCGUCUUAUAUCUGUUCAAAGCUGUCGGCUUUCCUCUAGCCAUUUGGGGAUUUUGCUUGGGUUUUGGGUUUUAUCUCCAAUUUUUCCAGAUUUGGUUGCAAUUAGGUUUAUAAAUUGGUCUUGGGUUGAAAGGGUUUUAGGUUUUAAGAUGAUGUAACUACUCGAGUUAGGUUUCUCUUUGAGUCCUUAAAAAGCUUUUAGUUUGUUAUAUCCCAUCCCACUAGUGAGAGAUAUGGCAAGCAGCAUUGAUGUUACCAAGUACGGUCAUAGCCCUGUUCAUCACGCUGUUGUCACCAGAGAUUAUGCUGGUCUCAAGAAAUUGUUAUCCGCUCUUCCUAAGAUGCGUGACCCUUCUGAGGUUAAGAAUGAAGCAGCUUCUGUAGCUGAAGAGACAAAAGCUGAUUCAAUCGCUUCUAUUAUAGACAGGCGUGACGUCGUGAACCGAGACACGGCUCUCCAUUUAGCUGUGAAGCUCGGUGAUGAGACCUCCGCGGAGAUGCUUAUGGCAUCGGGUGCUGAUUGGAGCUUGCAGAAUGAGCAUGGAUGGAGCGCACUACAAGAAGCUAUUUGUGGUAGAGAAGAGAGGAUCGCUAUGAUCAUCGUGAGGCAUUAUCAGCCUUUGGCUUGGGCUAAAUGGUGCAGGAGGUUGCCUCGGCUUCUGGCUACCAUGCAUAGAAUGAGAGAUUUCUACAUGGAGAUCACUUUCCAUUUCGAGAGUUCUGUCAUACCUUUCAUUUCAAGGGUGGCGCCUUCGGAUACUUAUAAGAUUUGGAAGAGGGGUGCAAAUCUUAGAGCGGAUAUGACGUUGGCUGGUUUUGAUGGUUUCAGGAUUCAAAGAUCAGAUCAGACUAUACUUUUUCUUGGAGAUGGGUCUGAGGAUGGUAAAGUUCCUUCCGGUUCUCUUCUUAUGAUUUCACAUAAAGAUAAGGAGAUAAUGAAUGCUUUAGACGGCGCUGGAGCUGCGGCAUCAGAAGAAGAAGUUCGCCAAGAAGUGGCUGCAAUGUCCAAGACAAGCAUUUUCAGACCCGGGAUCGAUGUUACUCAAGCUGUUCUCUUCCCGCAAUUAACAUGGAGGCGUCAAGAGAAGACAGAGAUGGUUGGGCAGUGGAAAGCUAAAGUGUAUGAUAUGCACAACGUAGUUGUUAGUAUAAAAUCAAGAAGAGUGCCGGGUGCAAUGACCGAUGAGGAGCUUUUCUCAAACACUAAUCAAGAAAACGAUACAGAAAGCGAGGAUCUUGGAGAUAUCUUGACGGAAGACGAGAAGAAGCAGCUGGAGUUAGCGCUCAAGUUGGAUUCACCGGAAGAAUCUUCUAACAGCGAGAGCUCUAGGGUUUCUCAAAAGCAGAAUAGUUGUUCCUUCGAGGAGCGAGAGAUUCCAGUAACGGAUGGAAACGGGUAUUGCAAACAGGAGAAGAAAGGAUGGUUCAGUGGAUGGAGGAAACGAGAGGAAGGGCACAAACGAAGUAGUGUUCCUCCAAGAAGUUCACUUAGUGUCGAUGAGAAAGUAAGCGAUCUUCUUGGAGACGAUGAUUCUCCAUCUCGUGGAGGAAGACCGAUAAAACCUGGAAGACACUCAACGGUGGAGACUGUUGUGAGGGACGAGAAUCGAGGAUUAAGAGAUUCAUCAAAAGCAGCUUCAACAUCAGAAGGCAGCGGAAGUAGCAAGCGAAAAGAAGGAAGCAAAGAGAACGAGUACAAGAAAGGGCUUAGACCAGUUCUUUGGCUUUCUGAGAGGUUUCCAUUACAGACAAAAGAACUUCUUCCAUUGCUUGAUAUCCUUGCAAACAAAGUCAAAGCGAUUCGGCGUUUGAGAGAGCUUAUGACUACGAAACUACCUUCCGGAACAUUCCCAGUCAAGGUUGCUAUUCCGGUGAUUCCUACGAUUAGAGUACUUGUUACAUUUACAAAGUUUGAAGAGCUAGAAGCUAUUGAAGAUGAGUUUGUCACGCCACCAUCAAGUCCCAAUUCUUCAGUUCAGAACAGUCCUAGAGAAGAAACACAGAACUCAUCAGGCUCAUCCUCCUCAUGGUUUCAGUGGAUCAAAACACCGAGCCAGCGUCCAUCAACAAGCUCGAGCUCUGGAGUUAUUAAUAUCGGUAAAGCCGAGAACGAUCAAGACCCAUUUGCAAUUCCAAGGGGAUACAAUUGGAUCACAUCUGAAGAGAAGAAGAAGAAGAUCCAAGAGAAGAAUAAGGCUAAGAAGGGUAAGUCAACUCAGAUCAGCUGAAGGAGUAACACAAGUAAGAAGAUCAUCUUUCUUUGUCUCUGAGAACAUAAAAUACUGAAAUAGGAAAAAUCUAGCAGAUUAUAUUACUACCGGAAGAAAAAGAAAAAACAAAUGGAACUUUUUUCCUGGUUCUUGUACUAAUAAACCAGGGAAAAAACAGAUUCAAUUUAAAUAUAUAGUGGGUGGGCGAAAUUGAGGAAUGAUGUGGGUUAAUGCUGUUGUGACUUUAUUUAUAUUUGCUUAUGAUUCUUUCUCUGUCUUUUGGUAUUAAUCGUUGCAUAUGAUUAUUAUA